UGGUAGUCUUAAUGGCCCUAUCACGAAAUGCUCUUGUCGCGACUGGCUUGGUAGUUUUUGCAUCUGCGGGUUUGGCAUUUCCUUUUUACAUGGCGUCAUCAAAAACACCCGUCAUCGAUCCAACAAAGCCACUGUCACCUCAGGCAACUUUUCGAGGGCCGUAUAUGAACACUGGUUCCCGUGACGUUGGACCUGAUCAUCAGACAUACCCAAAGAAGUGAUGUAUCUGGUAUGAUAUCUGCUCUUGUGAGUCAGUAAACAUUAACCUGCAUUUUGCCUGAAUUGAAUCUGGCUCGAAUUUUUUCCUCCAGAUGAAUGGACAUGCCUGCUUUAAGCGCUGUCUUGUUCUACCACAUAACUAGAUGUGUGAGACUUGAAAUGCUCCUCACCUUAUAUCAAAUUUGUAAAAUUAACUGAGUGAGAUUUCAUUUUGUGACUCGGGUAUGUAAAGAACAAAUAUAUUGGUAUAAAGUCCAGACCAUGGGGAAGGAUAUUUAU